GAGGUGAAAAAAAAAUCCAUUUCUUAACGUCCUCUUCUUCCCCGCCACGACCUUCAAUAAACCACCACAUCCCCUGAAAACCCUAGCCUCGCCUUCUCCAGAACUUUCCAUCUCCUUCGCUCUGAUCCCCAGAUAAGCAGAAACCGGAUCGGGUAUUGAAUUAGAUCCGUUCUAGGGUGUCGAUUUCUUCCGUCUUCAUCGUCAUCCAGAUGCUGGUGAACUUUGUAGCCCGAAACAUUUUCGACCAUCGGCAGAGUGAUGUCGCUUCUUCCGAAGGACGACUCGGUCCAGAUUUGUGAGGUCUGGAACGACAAUCUGGAAGAGGAGUUCGCUCUGAUUCGACAAAUCGUAGAUGAUUUCCCGUACGUCUCCAUGGACACGGAGUUCCCGGGAAUAGUCUGCAGAUCGGUAGGGAUCUUCAAGACAAGCAAUGAUUACCAUUACGAGACCUUGAAGUUGAACGUGAACAUGUUGAAGCUGAUUCAAAUCGGACUCACCUUUUCCGACGAGAAUGGCAACCUCCCGACCUGUGGAACGGACAAGCACUGCAUCUGGCAGUUCAAUUUACGGGAAUUCGAUCCCAACUCCGACAUCUACUCCCAAGAUUCCAUCGAGCUUCUUCGCCAGUCAGGCAUCGAUUUCACAAAGAACAACGAGAAUGGCAUCGACUCUGGGAGAUUCGCCGAGCUCUUGAUAUCAUCAGGGUUAGUACUCAACGAGGACAUCCAAUGGGUGACAUUCCACAGUGGGUACGAUUUCGGGUUGCUGAAGCUCCUGACAAAUCGGAAUCUGCCCGAGAUGCAAUCAGGAUUCUUCAAGCUGAUCAACAUGUAUUUCCCGAUUCUUUACGACAUCAAACACCUGAUGAGGUUCUGCAACAGCCUCCACGGCGGACUGAACAAGCUCGCCGAGCUUCUGGAGGUAGAACGUGUCGGGGUCUGUCACCAAGCUGGUUCAGAUAGUUUGCUCACUCUACGUUCUUACAGGAAGCUGAAGGAGAACUUCUUCAUUGGUUGUCUGAAGAAGUAUUCUGGGGUUUUGUACGGCUUAGGAGUUGAUAAUGGACAUUUUGCUCACUCAAAUCAAAUUUGAAAAAAAAAAUAGAGGAAUCUUUCUUUAGAGCCUCUACAUAAUUGAAUGAAAUUAAUGAAUUGAAAGAAAGAAAUAUAUGAUUGAUUGAUCACAAGCAAGCUUCAAAGUUUGAAAUCUGUUCUUCUGCCUGCUAA